AUGUUGAGAUAUAUGCCUAAAGAUAUCGACAUACGGUCAGGUAUUCACAACUAUGAUGAUUAUAUGAAUGAUAUCGUUAAUAAAAAUAGUCUAAAGGAAUGGUGGUUUACAAAGAGUAAUCAUGAAGAACAUAUUAAUGUUAUCAUGCGUGCGGUGAGAAAACGUGCUGGUAUUUCAGCUAAAAAUAAUGCUAAUUUUAUUGCAUUUAAUUGUGGUGGUAUUAUGUUUGAAGCCGUAUGUAUUGCUACUAUUGCAUGUAAAGACAAAUGUGAUGUAAAAGAAGCAGAGAAAAUCUAUAAUUCUAUUAUAGAAAAAUUUGAAAUCAAAAUUCCUCGUGAAGAUAUUCGUAUCUUACUUAAACAUGAUCAUGGCUCAGAAGAUUCUCUACAAAUGCGUGAACUUGAACAUGAUCAUCUUUGGGAAAACUAUCAAAAAUUAUUACAAAAACAAUUAGAAUUUCAAGAACAUAAUAAUAAUUAUACGGACAUAAUUAAUGUUACUGAUAUGUCUGCUGUACACGUUCAAAAUAAAAUUCGUUUAAUUAUUAAACAAUAUUGUAUUCCUAAAAUUGAAACUACUACUCGUUUUAAUCCGAUGUUUGAACAUUUGGAUGUUGUUAUUGCAUUUGGUGGCAUGUCCAAAUCGGGAAAAAGUUCAUUGGCUGAAGGUACAUGCCGUAAAUUGAAAUCAAUCGGUUUGAAAUGUAUACGUCUUAAAAUUGCAUAUUUUAUGGAAUUAGCAUCGAAUGCACUUGGAUCAGAUGUUUAUCAACUUCCAGAACAAAAGCAAGCAGAUGAAUUAGUAAAACAACUUGAUCAUUAUCUUAGUAGACAUUAUUGGGUAACAGCUAUUACGAUUGAAAGUCUUCAUCGCUUUGAGUCUACUCAAGCGCUAAAACUUCGUCUGGGUGAUCUUUUACAAAUUGUCUAUGUCGAUACCUCUCUUGAUACACGUAUGCAACGUUCUUGGGAUAACGUCGAAAGUCUUCAUUCAAAAGAUCUAGUUAAAAGUUCAUGUGGCGCAGACAAAAUUAAAGAUAUUGCAAAUUGUAUUAUCGACAAUGAUGACUACACGUUAGACGAAUCAAUUAAUAAUAUUUACGAAAUGAUAAAGGACAAAAAUGAAAAAAUAAAGCAUCAAUUAUUGCUGAAUAAAAAAUAUUCUGGAAAAAUGAAUUUAUUUUCACAUCAAUUUGUAUUAUGUGCUGGUACAGUUCUCAUUCAAAAAUCUACACGUGAAGUUUGUCUUAUACAUCGUUUAGAUGGCAGAGAAGAAUGGUUAUUACCAAAAGGACGAAAAAAUGUUAAUGAAACACUUUCAGUAGCAGCUGUGCGUGAGACAUAUGAAGAAACAGGAUAUCAUUGUUCAUUAAUGCCGUUAACCAUGCAAACACGAGCUACAUUUAAUAGUGAACAUGUGCAGGAUGUUUCACGUAAAGUCAGUGAUGCAUGUGAACCAUUUACGAUUUCAAUUCGUCAAAUCGGAGCAGUAAUAACCAAUCAAAAACUUAUUUUUUGGUAUGUGGCACAGGUAGAUGAAGAAAUGUCAAGAGAAAUGAACACACAAAUGAUUAAUGAAAACUUUGAAGCUAGACUUGUAUCAUUUUCUGAAGCAAAUCAUUUAUUGUCCUAUGAUGAUGAUAAAGAACUCGUAGGAAAAGCUUUUGAACUUUUUCAGAAUACCUAUACGAUGCAUUAA